UUUUCGUCUCCGCUUGAGAUGGCAUUGAUUUAUGUACGAAACGAAAUGUGUUCUUUGCCUUGGUUGUGGAGUUGACAUCUUUAUGAGAUUUUUGAAACAGAAGUGAAACAGAAGUACGAGAGUAAAACAAAAGAGUUCCACUGCAACGAUAUUGGUCGUGGGAUGGACAAUCUGGUUCCUGUCGUCUCUAGUACAGAAUUCACUGAAUCACAUGAAGAACUUUGUGGCCUCCGCCAGAGAGAUAGAAUCAAGUAUAUUAGGAUGAAAAUUUGUUACCCCCACGAUAUACUGCAACGUAGCGAUUCAGAAGCUUGGUCAAAAUCAAACUCUUAACUCCCGCUCGUUUUGGACAAAAAGACAGUGAGAACAAAGACUGUUCAUCCUCCAUCAAAAGAAUUGUAGAGAACACAAGUGAACAUCUUGAAUCAUCUGCAGCUACAGCCAUGUUAUAACAGUGUUUGACCAGGCCAUCUUACUUGGUCUGUGAGGAAGCUUGAAAGAAGUGGAGAUGAUCCUUGUUCGAUCGGGCAUAUCGAUAGGCUGCACCUUGACCCUAGUUCUGUAGCAGACUAUUGUUACAUCUAUGGCCUAUUUCGUUCAGUUUCCCAGCCAUGUUAUCGUAGACUUUCAGUCUCUCUUGGGAGAACUGUCAAAAUACAUGUGAGCAAUAUCGAUGGAAUAUCACAAGCAAGAUGGCUGAAAUCAAUAUUAAGAAUGGGCGAUCUCUGCUUUUAACAAGAAACUGAUGACCAACGUUCGCAAUGGGACUGGACAGAUUAUACAAGGAUUUGUUACUGGCCAGUCUCUUUGGUAUAUGAAUGUUGGUGAGAGAAUAUGCACCAUUCUAUUUCUCACAGUUCCAAGUUUCAGCUACUGAAGAUAUGGAUAUCACAUCAACAAAAGCAUUACGGCCACAAGUCCAUACAUCUGAAUAUUGCUGGAGGCUACUAAUAAUAAAAUUCAAUCAUCAGCACUCGUGGAUUCCAAGGUUGAGAUUCAAAGAAAGUAUCGUUGAAAAAGAAACUUUUCUACACCUUACAGUAGGUAUCAAACAAUUGGCAGAAAAAACUGUGGGAUACCUGGACGAAUUAAAUUGAGCACAAUCUUUUCAAAGAUAUAGCAAGAUUGACUAGUAAGGGAAACGGAAAGGGCCGGGAAAGAGUGCAGACAAUCAUUAUUCGCCGUGCACAUGGACAAUGACCAUUUGAAGGGAAGACAACUGGUUCCCCAAAAGAGAGGUGGUAGAGAUCAUUGACCAAAGCCUAAACCAAAUAUACCUCUUACUUACAACAAAAAAGACUUUUUGCAGGAUUGUUGGUACAAUUGACAUAGUGUUUUCGUGUCUUGCAAGUGGCAUGGACAUCUCCC